AGCCCAGCCAGGCGUGCGUCUGUCUCCCUGCCCAGCCGUCGAGGAUCUCCGCCCGGGAGCCAUGGCCGCCGCCCGACGGGCCAGCCGGAGGCUCCGGCUCAGGGGCUUGGCUUACCUGCUGCUCUUCGCCUUCCUCUCCGUCUCGCUGGGAGACAGGAGGAACGGACCCUUCCGGAUGAGGGAGAAUCUCUGGGCCACAGGCCAUUUUAUGGGAAAGAAAAGCCUGCUAGGUUCUUCUCAUUUGCCAUCUCCAUCCCUGGAAAGAUCUGAGCCUAAUAACAGCCCCGAGGUCUUCAGUCCAGUCCUCACAGAUGUCUUGGAGGAGAUGAAGGACCUGCUGACCAGGGAGCUCCUUAAAAUCCUCCUGCAAGAGAGGAUAUUGGAGCAGAACCGAGGGAAACGCGAUCUCAAGGAACAGGAAACAGGAUCUUUAAUGAAAGUCCUGGCAAAAUAUAUUUAAAGAGGACAAAGCAAGGAAAACACCAUGGACUCCUGGGGGAAAAGAAGAUCCCCUCCUGAAAACCUGUCCAGUAACAGGAUCAAGCCCGGCCACACUUGCAUUUUAAAAUUGAUUAAAUCUUAUCUUGAGCACCACUACCAAGCGCCAAGCAGCGACUGUAUAUAGAAAAUCCUUGUCUCUUCCCGGCAAUAUGGCCAUUGCUGAAGAAAGCAUGGUGAAUAAAUGUUCCUGU